AUGGCGUCGUGGACUUCAUCCCAAUUCCUGUAUGAAGAAACAAAGCCAUGUGGUAUACAGUUCUUGGAACGGUUCAAGCGUUCAGGAAGACUCUCCUUCAAGCAAUACCAAGCACUUGUCUUCAUCUUGACCUUUGUUGCCUAUAUAGCGUUCCACGCUGCUCGGAAGCCCAAUAGCAUCGUCAAAGGAACGCUCUCCGCGUCAAAUGCCAAAGGCGGUUGGGCUCCCUUUGAUGGACGUGAUGGACCAGCAUUGCUCGGACAGAUUGACUUGGCUUUCCUCUCUGUCUACGCGGUUGGGAUGUUUGUGGCUGGUCAUUUGGGAGAUCGUUUGGAUCUCAGGACGUUUCUGACUAUAGGUAUGAUCGGGACAGGCCUUUUCACAGCUCUCUUUGGAGUUGCCUUCUGGGCGGAUUUCCACAGCUUCUACUACUUCUUGGCGGUUCAGGUUUUGGCCGGAUGGUUUCAGUCCAUAGGUUGGCCUUGUGUUGUGGCCGUGCUUGGGAAUUGGUUUGACAAGAAGAGAAGAGGAAUGAUUAUGGGUGUUUGGAGUGCUCACACUUCUCUAGGUAACAUCGCAGGGUCUCUGCUCGCUUCAGGUCUGCUAAGAUUUGGGUGGGGAUGGUCAUUUCUUGGCCCGGCUUUGCUCAUAACGUUUCUUGGGAUCGUUGUUUACUUUUUCUUGCCGGUGAACCCUCCGACCGUUGGUGCUGAGAGAGAUGGAACCGAAGUUGACUCAACGAUGAGGCUUGGUGACACCAUUACAGAGAGCUUCUUGAGCUCAAGAAUGAGCACAGGAUUCGAUAGAAAAGCAGUAGGGUUCUUGGCUGCUUGGAAAAUCCCCGGUGUUGCUCCUUUCGCCUUUUGUCUCUUCUUCACCAAGUUGGUCUCAUACACUUUCCUCUACUGGCUUCCUUUCUACGUUAGCCACAACAUGAUCGGAGGAGAGUAUCUCUCUGAGGAAACAUCAGGAAACUUGUCGACAGUGUUCGAUAUUGGAGGCGUGGUCGGAGGAAUCUUAGCUGGAUAUAUCUCUGAUCAACUUAACGGUAGAGCCAUUACAGCUGCAGGGUUCAUUUACCUAGCGAUCCCAGCUCUUUUCCUCUACAGAGUCUACGGACAUAUCUCAAUGACCAUCAAUGUGAUCCUCAUGUUCAUGUCUGGAAUACUCGUCAUUGGACCGUUUGCUCUCAUCACAACAGCUGUUUCAGCUGAUCUCGGCACACACAAGUCGCUUAAAGGCAAUGCCAGGGCUUUGGCUACAGUCACAGCUAUUAUUGACGGUACAGGAUCUGUUGGUGCUGCGAUUGGACCGGUUCUUACCGGUUACAUCUCGGAGAUUAGCUGGGACGCGGUUUUUUACAUGUUGAUGACUGCAGCUUUCGUCUCUGGUUUGUUGCUCACUAAGCUUAUCAUUGUAGAAGUAAAGGCUAUGUUGUAUGGAUCAUCUGAGGAAGAUGAAGUGGGUGCUUCAUCAUCUUCACCAGCACAUAAAGCUCCCAUUGAUGUCCUCCUAUGA